AUAGGAUGACCGUCGGCUUUUGUGGAAGGGACUGCAUUCAGCUCCGUAGCUAGUUGGGACACCCGGUUCGCCCAGUUGUACCUGAAGGGAGUUUAAAAGCCAAAACGUCGCUUAUUUCUCUUCUAGAGUGGAUUUCCGAUGGAUAUUCCGAUUUGAAGAGGUGUGAUUUGAGCGCGGCAUGUAACAAAAAGAAGCGCAUGAGAGAGAAAAGUAGCGCUCGUAUUGUUAUUCCGAAACGAGCACCGUCUGAACUGCUUUUGAGAGCCGUACCUCAUGGAUUACUAAAAGACAGAACUGUAAAACCACUCCGAGGCAUAUCCAUUCAUGAGCUGAAGGCUGAGGUAAAUCUGUAGCAGAGGACCAGCAGCAGCAGCAGCAGUGUUGGUGCGACCAUGAGGUCAGAGGCCUUGUUACUCUACUUCACGCUACUGCAAAUAGCCGGGGCAGGCUUCCCCGAAGACAGCGAGCCUAUUAGCAUCUCACACGGCAACUACACAAAGCAGUACCCAGCGUUUGUAGGCCACAAACCUGGCAGGAACAACACGCAGCGGCACAAACUGGACAUCCAGCUCAUCAUGAUCAUGAACAGGACGUUGUACAUCGCCGCCAGGGAUCACAUAUACACGGUGGACACAGACACUGCCAACAGUGACGAGAUCUUUUUCAGUAAGAAAAUGACAUGGAAGUCCAGACAGGCGGAUGUGGACACUUGCAGAAUGAAAGGGAAACAUAAGGAUGAGUGUCACAAUUUCAUCAAAGUCCUCCUGCAGCAAAAUGAUGACACCUUGUUUGUCUGUGGAACAAAUGCUUUCAACCCCUCCUGUCGAACCUACAAGAUGGACACCCUGGAGGCUCUGGGAGAGGAGAUCAGUGGGAUGGCACGCUGCCCAUAUGACGCGAAGCACGCCAACGUUGCCCUUUUUGCUGAUGGCAAGCUGUACUCGGCCACCGUAACAGACUUUCUAGCGAUUGAUGCGGUCAUCUAUCGUAGCCUAGGAGACAGCCCGACUCUGCGCACUGUCAAACACGACUCCAAAUGGCUGAAAGAGCCCUACUUUGUCCAGGCAGUUGAUUACGGAGACUUCAUCUACUUCUUCUUUCGGGAAAUUGCCAUGGAGUACAACACAAUGGGGAAGGUGGUGUUUCCUCGGGUGGCCAGGGUUUGUAAGAACGACCGAGGCGGCUCACCCCGUGUCCUGGAGAAGCAGUGGACCUCAUUUCUCAAGUCUCGCCUGAACUGCUCCAUCCCCGGUGACUCCCACUUCUACUUCAACAUCCUGCAGGCUGUGACGGAUGUCAUCCACAUCAACGGGAGGGACGUAGUGAUGGCAACCUUCUCAACACCUUACAACAGUAUUCCAGGCUCGGCGGUGUGUGCCUAUGACAUGGCGGAGGUGGCCAACACGUUCACAGGGCGUUUCAAAGAGCAGAAAUCCCCAGACUCCACCUGGACGCCUUUUCCUGAAGAGAAGGUUCCUAAGCCAAGGCCUGGCAACUGCGCCGGCACUCCAUCCAUGGAGAGGUACAAGGUAUCCAACGAGUUCCCCGAUGACACUCUCAACUUCAUCAAGAUGCAUCCUUUGAUGGACGAGGCUGUGCCCUCCAUUGCAAACAGGCCCUGGUUCCUCAAGACCAUGGUCCGGUAUCGUCUGACUCGCAUCGUGGUGGACAACGAGGCGGGCCCCCAUAAGAACCACACAGUGGUCUUCCUGGGAUCUGAAAAAGGCAUCAUCCUCAAGUUCCUGGCCAACAUGAACAGUGGCUUCCUCAACGAUAGCCUGUUUCUGGAGGAGCUCAACGUCUACAACCCGGACAAGUGCAGUAUAGAUGGUGUGGAGGACAAGCGCAUCAUCGGGAUGCAGAUAGACAGCAAGAGUCAUGCUUUGUGGGUCGCUUUCACCUCCUGUGUGGUUAAAGUGCCGCUGUCUCGCUGUGAAAGACACGGUAGAUGCAAGAAGUCUUGUAUAGCCUCCAGAGACCCGUACUGUGGUUGGGUGUCAGAGGGAGCCUGCAAACAGGCGGUUGGCAACAGCAAAUCAGCCUUUGAGCAGGACGUGGAGCAUGGUAACACAGAUGGCCUGGGAGACUGCCAAAACACCUUUGUGGCGCUGAAUGGCCACCAUCACCGCCACCAUCACCACACCCUCUCACUCCCCACCUCGGCCCUACCCGAGGCCGCCGAGGGCCCACUGGGGCGGGGCCGUAUGGUGGAGCGGAAGGACCCCCCCAUGAGUUCAGACAAAGGGGAGGACCCCUACAUAGCCGUGCCCUCUCAGACUCAGCCCGAAGCCAAUGGUGUGAUCCGUGAAAGCUACCAAAAGGGUCGAGACCAGCUUGUUCCCGUGACCUUGUUGGCAAUCGCUGUCAUCCUUGCUUUUGCCAUGGGCGCCAUCUUCUCAGGCAUCAUUGUCUAUUGUGUCUGUGACCACCGGCGGCGAGACAUAGACCUGACAGGCCGCAAGGAAAAGGACAGCCACCACCUCCACUCCCGCCGGGGCUCCAUGAACAGUGUGACCAAGCUGACCGGUCUGUUUGAGACACAGGCCAAAGAUGGCCGCCCAGAGGCGAUCCUCACCCCUUUGAUGCACAAUGGGAGACUGACACCGAAUGGGAAGAUGCUGAUAAAAGCAGACCAGCACCACCUGGACCUUGCUGCUCUGCCAACACCUGAAUCCACUCCUAUGCAGCCACGUCGGAAGCCAAGCCGGGGCAGCCGGGAGUGGGAGAGGAACCAGAAUCUCAUCAAUGCUUGCACCAAGGACAUGCCACCAAUGGGCUCUCCUGUUAUCUCUACAGAUCUACCCCUGAGGGCCUCACCAGGGCACAUUCCCAGCGUGGUAGUCUUGCCGCUGCCACAGCAUCAGCACCAGCUCCAGCCUCAUCUGCAGCAGCACCAGCAGUCUUACCAGCACGAGUACGUGGAGCAGCCUCAUCAUAGUGACCUCAGCAUGGGUCACAGUGUCAUGGACGACCAGGGGGCCACCCUGGAGUACAAGACAGUCAAGAGCCCCUGUCACAAUCUCAACAUGGUGGAUCCAGAUGGGGUGUUGCCGCCACGUGUGCCCCAACGAGAGGCGUCUCUCACUAUCCCUCCGGCUGUCCCACAGAUGGGCAAACGUCUGGAGGUCCACUCGUCAGUCUACGGGCUCCGGAAAGGAUCGGCAUCUGGUGCUUCAGGAUCCUCCGUCCUCAAGAAGCACAACACCAACUCAUCUAACUCCUCCCAUUUGGCGAGACAUCACAGCUUCAGAGUGGAGACACCGCCCCCUGCACCUCAGAGGGUGGACUCCAUACAAAUGACAGCACAGGGCAUAUCUCUGUCACGGCAGCCUGGAAUGAGCUCCUACGGUUCACUGCCUCGAACGGGCAUCAAAUAUCUCAAGCCUGAUGUCCCCCCUAAACCCUCCGUAGUCUCACUCUCAACAAAAGUCAAGUCCAGUGACUCGUGUACAUAGUCAGCUAGUUAGCCAGUCAGUCCAAUGUGAACAGACAGUAGUGAAAGGUUUUUUUCUGAAAGGGAGAAAAAACAGGGAAUACUGUACAACUUGCAUCUCCUCUUAGUGUCUUUUCGUUUGUUUGUUUUGGUGUACAGUACAGUGAAAAAUGCAACACCGUUUUGGUUUUUUUUAAAAAAAGAAAACACUUUCUUUUUAUAUAAAUAUGUAAAUAUUCUACAAAUGGUUGUCGUCAUUUGUUGCCGUCAUGGAGCUCACGCUCUGGCUGGCACCCAGUUCCUCUGUAAACACACAUGGGAACAUGUGCUACUGAAACAGAAGAUGCUUUGUCCUGAAUAUUUCAUCCAACGGCGCCCUGUAGCAUCCAAGACAUCAGCCCUCUUGUUUGUGGUGUCUUUGGCCAACGGGACUCGACUUGAUACUUCAUCACGCUGGUAAAAAAGCACACAAGGAGACAGCACCGGGGGUUUGGAGAAUAAUCGUUGUACAGUACCUUGCGGACUGGGAAAUCUGAGCGAGGAAGCACUCAGAGAGCUCAGACUGAAAGGACAGACGGCUGAUCUGAGUUCUGUCAGAAACUGUGAAAAAGCCUCUCAGUGUUACAGCAAUCAAGUCCCGCCUGGGUUUGACGGAAAGCCUUGGAAAGAGGAAUCUUCUACUGUACUGAAUAACACAUGACUGUUAAUACUAAUAGCUUGUUGUAUUUAUUUUUAUUAAGUGCUUUUGAAAAAAAGAGACUGACUUUCUAGGCUCAGAGAGGGAGAGGGAGGACAGAGAAGAGAUCUUUUAAUAUUAAUUAAUCAAGUGUGAGGAAAAAAAAAACGUAUUUAAAGUCAUUAAACUGGAGCCCGUAGAACUUUCUUGAUGAAUAAAGGUCCAAUAGGUCUUACUGUGCGCUCAGUGGGACCCGCAGCUUGAGAUAUAUGUGACCUCUGGGAAGAGGAGGAGAUAUUUAUUUAAACUGUGCCAGACAGGGACUUUAACCUUCAUAGACCAGACUUUCCAUUGUUUUAGACCAAUCAUAAAAAAGACUUCCUGAAUCUUUCCCUUUCACUCCUCCAAUGAGCAUCCCCCCCUCCCUUUCCCUUGCCCCUAAUCAGCACUGUGGUUAUGUGUGAGUCAGUAACAUUUGUCCUGAUUGGUUGCUGGCUUACCGGUGCCAUCAAAGCUCACUGUUGCAUGUUGCAAAAUAUAAGAGAAGCAGCUGCAGCAACAGUACGGGAAUCUACACAUAAAUGAAAAGAAGCUGUAAGUGACGCUGCAAGUAAACGGAGCGAUACGCCUCCAUCUGGUAACGUUUUCUAGCAGCGCCACGCAGACGAGCAGGUGAAAAAGGAAAACUACAAAAACAUCUGUAUUGCCUGCUUCUUUUUUCCACAUGUAAAUUUGUGCCUUACACCCUAAAGUAGUGACAAUUUUUUCUUUAAUAGCUGUUAACUUUGUCUCCUUGUAGUAUUUUUUUUUAUUUUUUCUUACGUCAUGAUAUUUCCCUGGUUUGAUAAAAAUGCAAUUAAAGAAUGUAGGUGUUAUUGUUGUAAUUCUGGUCCCUAGACAUAACACACUUACAGUCCAGCGGGAGGAGAGGAAAGGAGGGUUUCCCUUUCUUCUUUCUCUCUUGCUCUCUCUCUCUCACACACACACACACACAC